UACCCUCACGCACUCACGCUCCUCCGUCUCCAGAAGCCAAAUCUCUAAAUCCGUCUGAUUCCUCUCAUCGUCUCCGUCGGCCGUCGCUCCAAGCUCCAGCACCCAUAUUUACUAGGUGACUUCUUGACUCCGGCUCUCUCAUCGUCUCCGACUAGCGACGCGUUUCCUUUACUAGGAAUACUAGCGUCUUUACAGGGCUGGGAUCAUGAGUUCUCAUCAACAUGCAGAGCUCCCUCAAGUAAAACCACUUGUAGCAUUAAGUGGUACUGCAAAAGAAGGUGCCAUUGGACCGACCCUUGGUUUGAUUGACAUUGGUGAGAGCGAGUAUGCUUACCUUUUCCAAGUGUCCCUUCCUGGAGUAAGAGAUAAAGGUAAUUUAAAAUGCGACAUACAGAGAGAUGGCAAAGUCCAGAUAGAGGGUAUGAUCUCAGAGUCUCAACUUUUAAAGAACGCCUCUGAAGUUUAUCAAGUGAAUGUACAAGAGCUUUGCCCACCCGGACCAUUCACCGUAUCAUUCAGUUUGCCAGGAGCAGUGGAUCCCAGGCUAUGUUCUCUAACAUUCAGACAAGAUGGUAUUCUAGAAGUUGUCGUACUGAAGUUUGGAUUACCUCGGGUUUCAGCCGAAGGUUUGUCUGAAAAUUGGUCCAAUGGCUGGUUCCAACCUUCGUAACUGUAAUCAGUGUUUAGGUAUGUUUUCUUGAUUAUGGUCAUAGGACAUUUAAUUUAAAAACUGAUGAAGGUGGUUGUAAUCCUUGUUGUGAAGAAUGCGAUAGAGUAAGGUCAGACUCCCCAAAGUCUAGGUUCCACCCACGCUUCAUUUUCCUAUAUAUGCUACUCCGUAUAUUGCUAUUUACUAGCUGAAUUAUGGAAAAUUGGAUUUUGUACCAUGACUACCAUCCCAAAUUCGUUUGAUUUCCGACAUGCUUUCCUAGCUAGUAGAUAUCCAUAUAUAGUUGUAUUUUUUGUCACUUAACAUAUGCUUUUUUUGGUCAAUAAAAAGUGAUUGGAACAUGAUUCUUGUAUUUGAAAGUUACGAGUUCGAUUGUUAUUAACAUUUUUUU